UUUCCUUCCCCUAGAACCCGGAGCAAACUGCGGAUGAUUUCUCUUAAUAAAUAUCCUCCCAAACCCUCCAACCAUAAAAACUCCAACCAAGCAUUCACUCCCCAGGCUCACCAUUCUCCCAUGCCAGCAAAAAGCCCACUCCAUUCCUUCUAAUUCUCCACAGCUUCUACUGCCACUUCAUCUGCAACACCGGUUCUACCAUUCUCCUUGCCAUCAAAAACACAUUCAUAACUCCUAUUAGGCCUUCGCUACUGCUGCCACCUUUUCCGCUGCAACACCAUACCUCACAUGAUCAUAAGUUCCCUGGGUGAAGGCAUCAAUAUCAAGCAUGGAAGUCGAGUCUGCGACGUGCGAGUGCUGCGGGCUGCGAGAGGACUGCACCCAGGAUUACAUAAGUGGUGUGAAGGCCAAUUUUGAUGGCAUAUGGUUAUGCGGGCUAUGCUCCGAGGCUGUGAGAGAUGAAGUGAGCAGAGGCAGGAGGAAGGUUUAUGGAGUGGAGGAGGCUGUGAAGGCACAUAUGUCCUUCUGUAGGAAAUUCAAAUCCAAUCCUGCGGUCCGAGUAGCUGAUGGAAUGAGGCAAAUGCUUCGGAGGAGGUCUGGAGACAUGUCGAAAUCCGACUCAGGAGUUUCUUCCAAGAAGUUUGGCAGGUCGGCGAGCACAUUACAAGUGGGGGAUAAGACUUCAGUCUCCCUCAUCUGAUUUGAGAGAGUUCUAAGAUUGAAUUGAUAUCAGUUUAUUGGGGUGCUCAGUCCUUCUAAUCUUAGCUCUUUUCUACUUUCUUCUGUGUUUCUGAUGUCUGUGUAUAGAGGGAUUGAUCUCAGUGGAUCUUUCUGAGGUCCUCAGGACUCUAAUCAAAUUUCCUUCGAAAUAAAUGUGCUUGUUUCCUAUUUAGAGAUAUUGCAGGUCUGGUGGGUUUUGAUUGACUAUCCUCAUAUGUUCCUUAAUUGUAUUGAUCUGAUCUAAUGAAGAUUUAUCCUUGGGAGCUAAA